AGGCUUGUCAGACGCGACGCAAUCGAGAGCUUCGCCAACAACUGUGAGAAAAUAUGGGAAGACUGGACAUCAUUACUCCGGAAGACGACGUUACCUCCUAAUGUCGCUAGUUCGGACGCCCGGGUCACCGCCGCAUUUAGAGCUGUGGACAGAGUUAUCUCUGGAAAACAGAGCACAUAUGUGCUACGGUGGCUAGCUUAUGUUCGACUAAUGACGCUAUGUGAUUCCCUUAAGCCCGUUGUGAGGGCUGAGAGAGAGAAUGGAGAAGCAUACCGGGAGCGGGGUGAUCGCGACAUCAAUGCUGUUAUUGACAUAUACGAGAACGCUCUGAGACCUUCGGAUAGGCGAGGGUUGAGGGAUGUAAUAUUGGAACACCGGCGGACCGGCAAGCGUGUGAAAUCGCUUGCAGGCCCAUCACCCCUAUUUCUUCUUAUCUACUCAGAUGAAGCUGAGACGGUUAUGUACACAGUCUCCCACACGUCGCGGUAG